AUGUCUGGAUCCUUCUGGAAGUUCAGCAAUGGAUUCACCUCGUUAUCUAAUAUCCUGACGUUCUUGGAGAACCAUUCCAUCAGUCAGGACCACGGCGAAGCCCUGUAUGAGAGCACCUACGAGGUGCUCUUGAAGCUCUUGGACGAGAAUGAUCUCUUGCAGGAGCUUUUGUCCAACAACCCCAUGUUGUUGGAGUUUUUGCGUGAAGACGACGUGUUGGCCAUGUUGGUCGACUUAGUCAUCAACGAGGGCGAUCCCAAGAAAUUGGCCUUGACCGAUCCAUCGUUGCCUUCCGACGAGAAGCCAGAGCUGAAGAACCCCGAACCAUCAACUUCAUCUGAAGCCAGCGAAGAGGUUUCCGAUACCGCCACAGAAGCAAACGAUUCUCAAGACUCCAUUGAUGCCGACGAAACAGACGAAGCAUCCAACGACGAUGACAACGACGAUGCAGACGAAGAAUCCGAAGAAGAGAAAGCCACUCGCAGAGCCACCAUUGCUGCCGAAAUCUUGAGUGCUGACGUAUGGUCGUUGACUGACACCGUGAUGGAAUCAACACCAAACUUGAAUAAGUUGUGGUCCGUAUUGGAUUCAAAGUCUCCCCUUUCAAUCAAUCUCUCAACCUACUUCAUGAAGAUCAUGGAACAUUUGCUUGACAUGAAAUGCGACGAAAUGAUCUCGUACCUUAUCGAGAAUCAAUCUACUUUAGUUGAAAAGUUCAUGAACCACCUUUCCAACUCACCAUUGAUGGAUUUCUUGUUAAAAUUAAUCUCCACUGAUAAACCAGACAACUCCACAGGUAUUAUAGACUUUUUACAGAACCAGGACUUGAUAACUCACCUCAUUAACGCUUUGGACAUAACAGACGAGAACAAUGAACCCACAGAAGAUCAUGAUAAAUUGUUGGUUAGACAAUCAUCUGCAGCUGAUUUCUUGAAGGCGUUGAUCACCAUCUCGGCUAAUUCUACCACAGACAAUUCAACUAUUGGUCCAAGUGAAUUGACUAGAGAAUUGGUUUCACACGAGCAGAUGACAUGUUUAUGUAACAUUAUGUUGAAGGGAGGUUAUGCAUUGGCCAAUGGUGUUGGAAUCAUAAUAGAGAUCAUUAGAAAAAACAAUUCAGACUAUGACAUACUACCAGUUUUAUACAUCACUUUGGAUUCACAUCCCCCAACUGGUAGAGAUCCAAUUUACUUGGGUCAUUUAUUAAAGGUUUUUGGAAGUAAGAUUGAAGAUUUCAAUCGCCUCUUGAUGAGUGAAUCAUAUGGAGAUGAUGACAGAAAGCUUAAGACUCCCUUCGGUGAAAUUGAGCCUUUGGGCUUUGAGAGAUUCAAGAUUUGCGAAUUGAUUGCUGAACUUUUACAUUGCUCCAAUAUGGCUCUUCUCAAUGAUAAUAAGGGGUUCGACGUAGUAAAGGAAAGAGACGAGUUAAGAAAGAAAAUGAAGGAAUAUGACCCCAUCAGUUUCAAGUAUAAUGAAGUUAUUGUCCUUCCAAACGACAAGGACCAUGAUGAAGACAAUAAUUCCAAUAAUGAUAUUGAUGAAAGCAACCAUAAAACUAAUAAAGCAAAUAAACAUGAUGAUGAGGAUGAAUAUGUUAAUGACACUAUUGAUUCAUUUAAUUCUAAAUUACAACAGGAUGAAGAUUCGAUCGUUCAACAUCACCAAGAAAACGAUGAUGAUGAAGAAGAACCACAUGCUAAUGCAAAUCUCACUGAAGAGCAAAUUAGAGCCAAUCCAGUGAUUGGUGACUACUUAAAGAUCGCCUUAUUUGAUACUCAAAUCAUCACAAAUAUCUUAUCUAUGUUCUUCAAAUUUCCUUGGAACAAUUUCUUGCACAAUGUUGUUUUUGAUAUAGUUCAACAAGUUCUCAAUGGAUCCAUGGGAAUUGGAUUUAACAAGUUUUUGGCCAUUGAUUUAUUCCAUUUGGGAGACAUUACCAAUAAGAUCAUUGAAGGCCAAAAGUUGUGCUCUGAUUACGAGGAUAGUCACAAUGGAUUGAGACUCGGAUUCAUGGGACACUUAACUUUAAUCGCUGAAGAAGUGGUGAAGUUUAUUCAGUUAUACCCAGCCAACUCAUUAAGCGAGCUCAUUGAUGUUAAGGUUGAAGACGAUGUGUGGGAAGAUUAUGUCAGUAAUGUUUUGUAUGAUACCAGAGAGAAGUAUAAUGCUAUUUUAGGUGGUGGUGAAGAGGAUGAAGAUGAAGAUGAAGAAGAUGAGAACAAUACCUUUGACGAAGGCUUGGGGGAGAUCAUAGAGGAAGUCAAGACUGGCUUAGUUUUCGAUGAUGCUACAGACCAUGACUUACAAAAGGAUCGCCUCGAUAGUGAUGAAUCUGAAUCUGAUGAUGAUGAUCAUUUUACCAACUACAUGUCACACCAAUUGAUCAACACUGCCUCUACGGAGAUCUCGUCCAAUAUAGAGCCUUCUAAGGAGAAGUCUAUUUCUACGUCAGACGAGAAAGAACAAGAUGGCGAGGGUCGAAUGGACCCCACAACUGAUGACUUCGACCAUGAAGAUUACAUCGACCCAAACGAUGACGGUGUGUCUUACAAAAGGACCAGCUCAUUAUACGAUGCCACAGGGUCCUUUUCAAGCUCUUCCGAUAAUGAUGACGAUAUCAACUUAGAAGAUGAUGGUGGGGUCAAUGACUCCACCAAGCUUACUAGAGCUGCCAGUAAAGGAUAA